AUGACCUCAGAAUUAGCUAAUAAUGAAUAUUCAGGUAGUUCUUCAGUUGAUGCAAACUCCCCAUUUCUAAUAACAAAUUUAUUAAAUAGUGAUAAAAAUUUGGACCAGGGAAAACUUCUGCUGUCUCAUGAUUCAUCUCUAGCUGCAAACUUAAGUUUAUGUGGAAAUGUUACUGUUGGAAGGUUAUUUUCAUUUGAUAUUGGGGACUCAAUAAAGAAUUAUGGUAAAGAGGUAAAUUUUAGAAGUUUGGAGUUAAAUUGUAUAUUUGAAACAGUACAAGAGAUAACGAAAGUGAGUAAUAUUAUGUGGACUAAAGCACUACUUAGAUACAAUGAAAAAACUCUUGAUAAUAUUCCAACUCUGGUUAUACUGGAACAAAAUAGAAUUAGAAGUUCUGAUUAUUGUCCAAUUUGCAGAAAACAUGGCGAUAUAGAAUAUAUCACAUUUAUUUUUUUUAGACUGCAAGAUUGUAAUGAAACUGAAACUAAAAUAAUUGAAUUGGAGAUUAUUGACCAAGAUUAUACAAGAAUUAAUUCAUGCAAUUUUAGCUAUUUAACGAUAGAAUGGAAGGAAGAAUUAGAGUAUAUGGAAGCAAUAAGUUUUAUUAGGAUUCCUACUAGUUAUAUUCAAAAAAGAUUUAUUUCUGCAGAUUUAAAAGUUGGGAAUGCUAGUUGUUCAACUUGUUUCUCUUAUAAAACAAUUCAAAUAAGCUGUGAUCCUUCUAUGGAUAUUGGGAUUUGCUUUUUAAUUGCAAACAAUAUUUUUCUUUCUACUGAUAUAUAUUUUAGGGAUUCCCUCCGAGUAAAACGUAGGUUCUACUUACAGACAGAAAAAUCAGAAACUGAUAUUCUAGUACAAAUUAGUGGUCUAACGACUGAAGAAGGUUGGUUAGCCUGUUUUUUAUCUAAUGGUUAUCAAAUAUUGAUAUGGAAUUAUUUGAAUGGUGUUGCAUUUCAUUGUAUUGAUUUAACGGAUCAUUAUUUCAGUGAAUAUAAUCAAAUUUAUUUGGAUAAUUCUGGAGUUAUAGCUAAAUUUAAAAAUAAUUGUGUUGAGAUUAAAUUUUUACCUUCAUUAUGUGGUCUAUGUAUUGUACCUUACUUUAGGGAAGAUAGUAUGAAUGAUGGAACAGCUUGCUUAAUAAUUGAUUUGGAGUCUUACUUUAGCCAAUUACUUUGUAGUUUUUCUGUUUUAUAUACUCUCAAAAUAUAUAAUGAGGUAAUUGUUUCAAAAUAUGAUUAUUUGUUAGAUCCAGGAAUGGAAUUUCUUGAUAGAAUAAAAAUUGGUCAAGGAAGUAUAGCAAAUGUCCAAUUAAAUACUGAUUAUCACAAUUUAACUAUUUUUCCACAAGGGUUCAUUUUAUAUAAAUAUAAAGAGUCGUUGUCAAAUAUUUCAUCUUUUUUGAAUCCUAUUGCUUCCUAUUAUUUAGAAUUUCUAGCUACUACUGAUUACAGCAAGAGAUCACCUUUUUGGACGAUGAUUUUUAAUAUUAAAUGGCUUCACUGGAAUAUUUAUGAUGAUUCAUUAAUGAAUAUAAUUGUUUAUAGGUGUUUAUUAAGUAUAAGGAAUGAAGCAAAAAAAAAAAAAGUAUUAGAUCAUUGUGAAUGGAAUCUUAAAUCUAUUGAAAAUGCUUUAAAAUUAUAUAAGAUGGCUCCAUUAAUAAUUAAUUAUGAAAAAAAGUUAUUAAGCAAGAUAUAUAUAAAAAGUGAUUUAUAUGAUUCGAUAAAAAUACUUAUUAAGUUGUUAGAUUUACACUUAGGUAAUGAAGGUAUACUAACAAAAAAAGAAAAUGUUCUAUAUAACAAUUCGAAAUGGGCAAAAAUCAUUAUAUUACCAAAAACAAACGAUAUUGAAUAUAAUUUUGAAGCUUGCACAGAAGAUAUAAUCUUUAUAAAUAUUCUAUGCUUGCAGUUUUCAAUUCUGAUUCAGUUUUCAACAAAAGAAUGGGGAAAUGAACACCUCUUAGUGAACAAAAAAUCUCAAAGAUAUGAAAUCAAAAAAAUUUGUUUUAAGGAUUUUGAUAUUGGCAAAUCUUGUAAGCAUAAUCAUAUUAAUAUAUUUUACAAUUUAUUAAUAACAUACUCAAACAAAAAUAUUCAGCAGUUUUAUUUGAUAAGAUCUCAAAAGGAGCAGAUACUUGAUUAUAAAGACUGUCUCCAUAAUUAUUCUUAUAAAUUAGAGAAAUCAAAAAGAUUUAAAACUUUAUCAGAUAGCAUCUGUAUUCUAUCUAGUAGUGUUAAUUUAAGACAUAUAAUGGAAUCUAUGAUAACUCUUCAGCAUCUAACUGCUGCUACUGAAUUAUGUAAACUCAAUGAAAUUGAUCUAGCAAGUUUACUCAUGACCCAAGUAGAAGUAAGUAUUAGAAAUGAGGAACUUGAUACACUUGCAAGUUCCCUUACCAACAUACCACUAGAUUUACAUGUAAGAGCUAUGAAUAGAAUAGCAGAUUAUUUAGAAGAUAAUUCUGAGAUUUGCUUAUCACUUGAAUUUAAGAUAUCUUGCUCAAGAAUUUGCCUUAGAUUUUGCUUGGAUAAAAUAAAAAUAGUGAGUUCUAAUAGUGCAUGGUUACAAUCAAAGGAUAUUUUUCAAGUUCUAAGUAAAUUGUCUAGGUUGUCAGGAAUAUUCAGACGAUAUGUAAUGUUGAAUAAUGAGAAGUUACCGAACUAUAAAAAUAAUACUGCAAUUAAGGAAAAAAGUAGUAUUUCCACAUUCAUUGAAAAGCAUCGGAAUAUUUGUAACUUAUUAAUACUUGGACAUUUUCCUACGCUAUGUAGCUUAUAUUUAAAUGAAUAUCCUCAAGGUAAAGUGAAUAUGCUCAUGAAGAAAGUAUUCAGUGAAGUAUACAAUAUUAUCUCUUCUCAACAAAGUCACGCUCUAUUUCUAGCUAUUCACAUAGUUAGAAACUUAGGAAUUAAUAUUUCUCAGUUUAUAAAGGCAAUAGCACUUUAUACUCUUCGUAGGGAUCUUCGUAAAAGACUUAUUAAUCACUUGUACCAUAAACAUGUAUUAUGCAUAGAGGAGUACCACUGGUUUCAAUUUCUUGUAGAACUGGAAACUGCAUAUCCUAAUUCUUGUUAUUCUGUAGAAGUAAAUCGUGUAUGGACAAACACAUUUAAUUUAUCAUAUUUAAAUUCAAAAAUGCCAAGUUUUGGGAAUAUAGAUUAUUAUUUAAAUAAUUCUUCUGAAUUAAGAGGUGAUUCACCACUUUCAGACACUCCAAAUUUACUAAAUUUUAAAUUUCAAAGUAAUUAUACUGAGAAUUGUACCGAAAUAUAUAAUAAUGAAGUAAAUAAUAUAAAUAGUCCUUUUGUAUCAUCACCUAUUUAUCCGAUAGGUGGCAUUUAUGGGAUCGAGAAUUCCUCAUCUAUGAAAAGCUCUUUUUGUGAAGAAAGACCUAAUUUAACCUUAACAUAUGAUGAUACAAUGAAAAUAUCAACAGAUAAAUAUAAUAAGGACUCAACAAUAAUUUCUUCAGUUCCAGAAGUUAGUGGGUACAUAAAUCAAGACUACUUUAUUUCACAAUUUUCUACUGAAAUAAUAAAGAAGUGGGAACUUUUAAGUUGCUUUGAUAUUGAAGACUUUAAUCAGCUACAUUUAACAUCUAAAGAAAGUUCUUUUAGACUCAGUAAAAUAACUGAUAAAAAUAUGAUUACUAAUGUUAUUGAAGGUCACAUGAAUAUACCUGAACAGGAAGGAGCAAACUCUGUACGUUUAUCUAGUGGGGAAAUAAUAGUAUUAAAUUACUCAGUUUGCAAAAAGUGCAGCAGUAUAUUUGAAGAAGAUUUUGAACCAGAGAAUAGUUUAUCUUUAGCAGAGAGUAAAGCUGAAAAAAUCACUUUACCUGAACAAAAUCGCUCUUCAGACUUCACUUCUAAACAAGGUGGUAGGUUAUGGCUUAAACUAACAAGGCAAAGAAACGAAAUGGCAAAUUAUGACUACAGUGGAUACAUGAGUAUAUCAUUAAAUUUUGUUAAACAGUGGUCUAUAGAUACUUGUUGUAGGGUGGUAUUAGAAAAGUCAUACUCACAACUUUACACACUAUGGCAACAUAUUUUAGAAGGAAACAAGGGACCUUUUAAGCAUAGUGAAGCACUAACAUAUUCAAUUAUAUACUUGAUACUUUUUAAACACGAAAUAUCUCAAGAACAAUCAAAUGAAUUGUUAGAAUGUGAAUCUUCAUGUCACUAUUUUAUUCUUACAACGGAGAAAAUAUACACGAGUGUCUUUGCUUAUCUAAUUUCCCAUCAUGAUUGGCGAGGCAUGUGGCAUUCAAUCUCAGUUUUAAAGAAAUCUCUUGAUAUAAUAAAUACAAUAUUUGGUAAUCAGUCUAAGGCUAAUAUUUUAGACAAGAUCAUCCAAGAAAUUAAGAGAUACUAUCCUGUUAUGACAUGCUUUUUAAGUGAAGUAUUUUUUGACUCAUGUUUUGCAAUCAAUUCUGUCGAUUUAGAAUAUAUCUUAUACAAAACUACAGAUUACUUAAAAGAUGAAAUAUUUGUAACUGAAAAAAACGUUACUUUGAAUCUUAAUGAAAAAUAUAUUUUGAACCAUUUUAUACUUUCUAAAAAAAUAUCAGACAAAUAUGAAUAUGAUUGGGUAAAUCUUUCAAUAAAAAAAUUUAAGUCUUUACCAUAUUUACUUAGCAAAGAGUUAUUUCGUAAAUAUGUUUCAACAUUGUGGAUACCAUUUAAAAAUGGUCAAUUAACAAAAUUACUUGAGUACUUGUACCAAAUUGAUUCAGAUAAUCAACUUAAUGAUUAUAAAAUGAUUAUAUAUGAAUUUUUAGGACUGGAGAAAUUGCCACUUCUUUCUUUAUACAAAAGCUCAAUAUUACUAUUGAAAAGUACUGAUGAUAAAAUAACAAAUCAGCACUUAGUUAACUUAAUUAAUUGCAACAAUCAAUUACUGAUUCCUCUAAACACACUUGUUGAAUAUUUACUAGAUAAUUACAGUCCUAUAGAUAGUUCUGACUUGCUAAAUUGCAAACCUGUAACUAUUUUGCAGGUACUAGGUCUGAUAUUUAUUGCUCCAUUUAGUAAUAUAUCAGAAUUAACAAAGUUACCAGAAUCGGACAAUUGGUUCAUUUCAUUUUCUUCUUUAGAAAAUUUUUUAAAGCAAUACUUCCCAAGACUCUUAUUAGCCCUUCAAAAUAAUGAAGCAAGAAACUUCGAAUUUCAAAUUAAUAUCUUCAAUCUACUUAAAAUGGAAGUUUAUGAUCAAGAUAAUAAUUCUGAAUACAUUACUGAAAGAGAAGAUGGUAUAGUACGAUUUGGGGAUAUUCCAAAUAUUUCUAAUAAUACCUUUCCUUUUGUUAAACAAAUAUUAAACUACUUAGCUAAUAUAAGCCAAGAUCACUUCAAUAAUAUUGAAAAUAUGUAUAUUUCUCACAGUAAUGAGUUCCAAUAUUCACAAAAGUUGUUUGACUCAAUACUAAGACAUGUUGGUACAUUUUCUAAAAAGGAAACCCUUGUUGGAUUACCAUUAAUGCAUUAUAUAGCAACUGGUCGCCCUUUUAUGGCUCUGCAUUUGCUAUCAAUUAGAUAUAAACUAGCUUAUAGAGAAGUGAGAAAACCUGAGAGUAUUCUAUAUAUCCCAAUUUUAUCCACAGAAGAUAAAAUUGAACUAUACUCUGCUGUAUAUAAGUUGGCACUGCGAAACUUUACAAGAGACCCGAUAGUUUGUGCUUGUAUUACUUUUAUUUCUUUACUUAACUUUCCAACGGAAUUAUUAUGCACUGAUGUACAAGCUGCUAGGUGUAUAUAUAGUCAUCUUAUACAUGUUAAUAACAAUAAAAGUGGCUCAGAUCAACAUUUACCCUCCAUUUAUGAAUAUAAAAGUAAUAUUGAAGUUGAUGAAAAUAAUUACAGUAUAAUUCUUAAAAUCUGGAACCUAUUUAUUCAAUUUGGUCCACAUAAAACAAGUGAGACUUUUAAAAAUUUAUCGAAUUCUUCAUUGUUACUUCCUUUAAAAAAAAACUUGUAUCGUGACCACUCGUCAAGCCACUCAAAUGCAUUAUUUACUGCACUUAAAAUGCUUGAAGAAGCAGCAUGGGCUGAUGGUGAUAUUCAAUACUCAACUGGAAACUCAUAUGACAUAGGUACAGAGACUAGUGAAAAUGAUAUUUUGCCUCAUAUACCUAUAUGGCAACUCGUUGCAGCAUUUUGCAGAAUACAUGAUUUGCCACGUUCACUGACACUAUUACAUGAACUGGCAAGCAAAGGCGAGUGGAUACCCUUUUUUUAUGAAUGUGAUAUUCAAAAGUGUCCCUUUGAGACAGUUAAAGAUAUUGUUAUAGAAUACAUAUCAGCAUAUCCUCAAUUACAAAGACACUUAAAAAUAGCCUUGAAUAUGCAAGAUAACAGAACUGAAAGUAAAAAAGAAAUAAAAGAUAUCAAUGACUUGACUAACUGUAAUAAAAAUCUACUUGUUGAGUUAUUAAUGUGGAGCAAAAUGAUUGAAUUAAAUAAAAUGGAUCUCAGCUUAUCUGAAAAAUUUCUAGAGUGGAUAUUUGCCAAAAUACAGGAAUGUAUCAAAUGGAUGAAUAGCAACUUUAUACUACUCAUUUUCCCAAUACUUUUGAGUAAUUUUUCCUUUCUCAACAAUUUGAAAAAGGAUACUUUUGAUUCUCUCAUUAAAUUAUGCAUAAAUUGUUAUUUAUUUAUCAAUAUAUGUUGGCAUAUUUUUGAACUUCAAGAUGAAUUUAUUACUGAGAAAGUAUGUUUAUUACCAGCUUAUCCAAGCAAUUACUUCGGUUCAUCUACUAUAGAAAGAGAAGUUGUUGAAAUAGUUACCUCAAUGCAAGAGAUAAUAAAUACAAGAACUAUAAAGAUAGACCAUUUGAAGAUAGGAAAAAGCCAUAAAGAGACAUUCACCUACUUCCGGAAAUUACAAACUUCUAGAAUAGCUAAUCAAUUCCUAAAUAAACCAAUUUGUGAAACUAUUUUAGAGAGAUACAAUGACUUCUUUUAUAACUUUGAAACUGGAUUUGGUAGUGAUCAAACCACUAUUUUUUUGUGGGAGUUGAUUUCACGUUAUAAUCAAUACCAAAUGCUUUAUAGAUUAUCAAAAUGGUUUUAUGGCAAGAACUCCUUUAUAUGUAUAUUAUUCAGAAUUUUCAAAAGUAUGAAUCAAAAUAAUAUGGCUGAAUGUGUAAAUUUAUUGCAAUAUUUUUGCAAAGCCAUUAACCAAACUACAUUUAAAGGUGAAAACAACGUACAUUACACACCUUCUAUCGAUUUUAUUUUAUUAUACUUUGAACAUCAUUUAAACUCCUUUAUUCCAAAAUUAUCUAUUGUAAACCAUAAUAUACUAUGGAACUCAAUCUACAAUAUAUAUACUACAAUGCCUACAGGAAGAAACUCUAUUGAUUUAUCUAAAUAUUUGCAUAGACGUAACAUAGUUGAAUUAGCUACAAUAUUUAGAAACAAUGAGUGCAUAAAUAAAUAUUUGGAGCAAUGGAUAUCUAUGGCUCCUAUUGAUAUAGCUAACUAUAUGUAUGAGCUUGGGGAGUAUCAGUUACUGAUUAAAUAUUGUGAACUGACAAUAUUACGCUCAAAUGUCAAUACCCAUUCAGAUAUGCUACUUAUUCUAGAAAAAUCCUUCUUAAAUGAUUUGGUAUCUGAUUUUCUUGAAUUUUCACAUUCAGAAUUAUUUAAUACGAGCUCAAUCAGGUUACAUUAUAUUAGGAGAGUAUUUUGGAAACAACUUAAGAUAACUUUUGAAGUUAUUUACAAAAUAUCACCAUUAUUAGCACCAUAUUUGUACACUAAAAUGGGAAUAUUUUGUUGGUACAUUGCCGAAAGAUGUGAAAGAUUACUUAACCUUUUGGAUCAAUCAAUUUUAUUAUCUAUUUCACUGCAUAUUUUUAGAGAGGCUUCUGAACUUUACAAUGGCAAGAGCUAUGAAGGAAGCAAACUCAAUAGUACUGGUAGAGUUCAGCAACUCAUCCCACUUCCACUUUUUUUUGAUGAAGAAUAUAUACAAAAUUGUAUAUAUUAUGCAAAUUCUAAGCUAUUGAUUGUAUUGAUGAGUUCCUUUAAUGAUUCAACCAAGCUAGAAUUUUACAAAAAACUACUACAAACAAUAAAAUUAUCAAGUGGAGAUAUUAAAGAUAUCCACUUAGAGUAUUCUGAAGAGAUAUUUUAUUUGUUUGAAAAAUGUAUUUCAAAGGAAAUAAAAGCAAUAUUAUUUACUCCUUCUGGAUAUUUUAACUUUCAAAGUCUCGUUGUUGCAUCUCCAUUUAACAUACAUAUACCUAAUUCUCUAAUGGCUAAUGAUUAUCCAGUUGAUGCAAUGCAUAUAGUGGAUUCUAUUAAUAAACUUGUUGAUUAUGCUUUCAACUUAAAAAUUUGUGAUGAACUUAUCUUUAGAUUUGUACCUACUAGUGCAAAUAAGAUAGCACAAGCAGAGAAAAGAUUACUAGAAAAAGUAAAUUGUAACAUAUUAUCAGUAGAUACUUCUGCUAAUAAAGUACUAGCUGCUCCAAUUCCAUUAAGUAGGAAUAAUCAAACAUGGGAUAUAAUAGUUAAUAUUUUUGUUGAAACAAAAUAUAUUUUAUUAGCUUUUAAAAACAUAAUUGCAUCUUGGUUAUUAAGAGGUAAUGUAUAUUUUUCGAUAAAUUCUAAUGAAAACAAUACAGUUAAACUAGAAACACCAUUUCUGUGGAGUGAUAUACUUAAAAUAAAUACUAAGUAUGAUAAACCAGAAUGUUAUCCUUUUGAUAUUACUUUUUGUUCUAGAAUACAAUCUAUUCUUAAUUUAUUUCAAUUUACCCAUGAGCUAUCAUAUAAUAAAGCUUACACACAACCAUCUUUAAAAAUAAAAUCUCUGAUCAUGGAUUUUGUACAGAAUUGGGGAGUUUCUAGUGAUCCAUAUGACUUUGAAACCAUAAAAUGUGAUAUCAACAACGCAAAUUCUCAAUUUAUAAUUACUUUAUUCUAUUCUCCUAAUUUUAUCAUUAUUCUUGAGGAAAUACUUUUGUUGGCAAUUAUUAGAAAAGCAAGAGAUACUACUGAUGAGCCAUUACAAUCUUUGGACUUCGAUUCAAUAAUAAAAUCAUUUAAGAAUAUUAUUAAUGAUAAUCCCUAUUUUCUGACUUCAGAUAUAGAUAGUAUGUUAACAAAUUGUAUUAUAAAAGCUUGCCAAUUAAAUUCCAAGUCACUAAUAUAUAUUUUAAAUAACAUUUGUAUACUAAUAUAUGACACCAUAAAUAUUGGACAAAAGUUAAUGGGUGAAUAUCAGAAUUUGAAAAAUAAACUAGAUUACAUGAAUUGCUCAUACACAUAUAAACUCUACAUAGUUAUUUCGGCUUAUUUAUGCUUUACCAUCGGAUCAAAUAAAAAAAUGAGAGUAAGCAGUUGUGAAAGUGGCACUUCCCAUAAAUUACUAGCAUCAAAUUGCAUUGAUCAACUAAUUUAUAUUAUAUCUAAUAUUAAUGAAAGUCAAAUAGAUACUAUUUCUCUUGGAAAUAUCAUUUUGGAAUUCCCAGAAAUGAAUAUUUUCGAAAAUAUAUCAAGUAAUUUAAUCUCUCAAAUAAUAUUGGACUCUUUAAAUAUAAAUUCAAUCACAAAUUUAGAUUUAAGUUGCACAAAUAUUAUUUCAUCUAGGGGAUUAAUGUUGAGAGUUGUAGGGAAUUUAAUUGAAUCUUACAAUAAAAAAGGAUUAGAGGGAUCAUUAUCAAAUCUAGCACUUUUACAUAGUGUCGGUUGUAAUGAUAUUCUAGUUGAAUAUCUAGUUCAAGAUUGUUUAUCAAAGCAAUGGAAAUAUUCAACAAAUUUUAUGUACUCUGACUGUGGUGAAUAUGAUAUUCUAUUAGCAUGCCGAAUUUUAGUACAUUGUUGUAAAAUACUGAAAUUGACUAACCAUCAAAAAAUGUACCAAAGUGUGAUGAAUCUUUCUGGAAUAUUCCUCUUACAAUUACAUUUUAUACAGUUUUUUAAAUCUUCAAACAAUCAUAAGCAGAAAAUUGAUACAAAUCUUCACACGGAAAUAUCUAAUCAAUUAAAAUGUAUAAUUUCUGAUAAAGAAAUUACAAGAUUACUUUCAAUUCAAGAAAAAGAGAACUUACUUAAGAAUCAGAGUAAUUCCAAAAUUACUUUAUUUAAUUUAAGCAUAGAAAAUUUAUUUGUAACAGUAUUAGAUGAAAAAAUUUGCUCUAGCCCAUAUAUAGUAGGAAUAAUAUUAUCUACUUAUGAGAUGUUUUAUGGCCCAGUAGUAUUAUCAGUAUGGCCUCGUAUAUUAUUUAAACAAUCUAUAAUUUUAGGAAACUUCGACUUCAUAAAAAAAUAUAUAGGUUUGUAUGGAUACCUGGAUAGUGAUACCAUAAGUGCCAUUAUUGAAAUAUACCACAACUGCAGAAAUAAAAAAGAUACAUUUGAUGGAAAAAAGUUAGAUGAUAUUUUGAAUAGUUUAUCUAAAUCAUCCGCUGUAGAAUACAUGAGAAACUACUAUGAAUUAGUUGAAAUGUGGAACUUAAGAGGUAAUUUUUGCAUUAACAAAGCAGAUGAUACAAUUACUUUGAAUAACUGGAGCAGGCUUAUUGAGUUUAUUAAUAAUAUCCCAUUAAAAAUAUAUACAUGUGAACAAAUAAAUCCAGUUAAACUUUCACACAUAUCUCAAAUGAACAAGAUAUUAAUUAAUGAUCAAUCUCUCUAUGAUCUUAGAUGA